AUGCAGGUAGGCAUGCAGCCCCGCUCGCGGGCAGAGCGUCAUCGAGCUGCGAUCUCAGAAGAGGCGGCAGCUGCCGCCGCGGUCAGCGAGGAGGCAGUCCAGCAGGAAUGGAACUCCCAGCGCGAAGUGCGUUUGCAGCAGAGGGCUCUGGAACGCUUCAAGGACAAAGAGCAGGAGGUGGCACAGAUGGAGGCGGCCGCAAAUCUUCUGGAAGAGGGCUCGGAAGAGCGUGGAGAUCUGCUGAGACAGGCAGUACAGCUCCGGGUGGAGCUGGAGCGAGCCCAGGCAAAGAACCCGGAGCUCAAGCAGAUGCUGCAGGCGGAGGCUCAAGCUGCUCAAGCAGCCAAGGAGAAAGCUGCGGCACAGGAAGAGAGUAGCAAGAUUCCCAAGCCAGCUGCCUUCGAUGAUGGGAAAGGGGCCAAGAAGAACCUCUUUGGUCCCAGCGCUGGCGCGGGAGGUGCCCCAGCCGAAGCCCGACUGUUUGGGCUCCCCUCGAGGCCUCCUGCUGGACAGGUCGGCAGGGAGGCACCGCUCCCCUUGGGUCAGCCGUCGCCAAGGCAGCAAGGCUCCCAGUUGCCAGAGCCGCAGCCACAGCCGCCCUUCGCGGCGACGGUGUUGCCAGCGGCCCUGGCGUCGCCAGGACAACUCCUGGCCGAGGCUCAACCAGCUGUCCAGGAACCUCCAAUAGCGGCAGCUGCAGCUGCAGCUGCUGCCCCGCCUGCAGCGCCUCCGGUCUUUGCUGGCCUCGAGGGUUUGGGUGCCGCGGGGGACGCGGCGCAGCUGGAGCGGCGCCGUAGGCAGGAGGAGGUGAAGCGUGCCCUUGAGGAGCAGAUGGCGCAGAGGGACCGUAUGACACCACACGGUCAAGGCCUAGGCUUGGCUGGAUCUCCCCUCCACCAAGCAGCGCAAGCACCGCAAGCACAUUAUGCACAGCCACCGCCGCAAGCACAUUAUGCCGCCCAGGCUCCUGCCUCACCUGUUUUGGGAGCAGGAGGCCCUUGCAGCCCUUCAGGCCUCGGAGGCUUUGGAGCUGCCUCAGAAGCAGCUGAGCUGGACCGUCGUCGGAAGCAAGAGGAGAUGAGGCGUGCAUUGGCAGAGCAGGUGGCCGAGAAAGAGCGCUUGGCUUAUGUGGGAAAGGUCCCAGGCAUGCAGGGCAUGCAGGGUCUACCACUGCAGGGCAACGCCGUGCAGCCCGGCUUCUCGCCGGUGCAGCAAGGUGUGAGUCAACCACCGCCCGCCGGCGUAGACGGGCUGGGCGCAGCUGGAGAUGCUGUGCAGAUGGAAAGAAGGAAGAAGCAUCAGGAGAUGAAGCGUGCCCUGGAAGAGCAGAUUGCGGAGAAGGAGCGGCAGAAGCGCGAAGCGCAGGCACGGCGACGGACCUCCGACGCCGGCCAGGCACCUGGCCAAGUUGCACCAGGAAUGCCACAGUCCAUGCAAGAUGGCUACAACGGGUACUUGGAGUACCACCAGCUUGGAAUGCCUCAGAUACCCAUGCAGCUGGGCAUGCAGCCAGGCAUGCAGCCGGGCAUGCAGCCGGGCAUGCCUUCCAUGCAGUACGUGCAGCCCAUGCCGGGCCUUGGUCCCGGAAUGCCCAUGGGCGCGGGAGGUCAGGUGGUUUCCUACCAGCCGAGCCUGGCACCCGGGUCUCAGCCGGGCCAUCCGUGCCCUGGCUUUGGCGCUCCAGCAGCUGGGCCUGGCACCCCAAGCCAAUCUGCAGGCCAUGGCCCGCUUGGCCGGCUGGGGGCGCCAGACCCCCAGGCUGGCCAGGACGAUCGCCGGAAGAAGCAAGAGGAGAUGAAGCGCAUGCUCGCGGAACAGGUGGCGGAGAAGGAGCGCAAGAAGAAGGAGGAGGAGGAGCGCAGAAGGCAGGAGGAGGAACGGGACAACGAACGGAUCCGCCGAGAGCAGGCCGCAGAGGAGGCCAGAUUGGAGGCUCGCCGGCAGGAGGACGAAGCUAAGAAGCGUGCCCUUUUGGAAGAAAACGAGCGCGCGGCCGUGGCCAAGCAGGAAGACGAGGCCCCGGGGCCCCUGCCACCACGUAAGGCUCCGGGCCGGAAAUCUAUGCGAGGCACCGAGGACAAAGAGGGCUUCCCGCGUCAAAGCCAAACUCGCUCGGAUCUCUUCGGUUUGCCGCCGGGACAGCAGGCGCCGCACGUGCAGCCUUACCAUGCGUCUCCCAGUUCCUCGCCUCUUCCCUGGGAGAUGGCACCUGGGUCGGUUGGGCCCGUAGGGACACUUCCCCAGGCUAGCUUUCAGUCCGCAGCUCCAGGUCCAGCGUCCUCCCCGCCAGUGAGCGACAUGCUGCAGGGUUUGAUGCACCAGCAACAGGAACUCUACCGCCACCAGCAGGAUGCACUUGCUCGGCUUCAAGAGGAGGCUGACCGGCUGCGCCAGGAGAAGGAAUGUGCGAGGCAGGACCUUCUCGACAUGAAGGCAAGGCAGCUUGAGGAGAAGGAGAAGGACGUGAAGAAGCUGCAGCGCAAACUGCAAAGGCAGAUGCUCUUACAAAGCACUGGUCCAGCUGCACCGGGACAGGCUUCGCUCCACAUGCUUCCUUCUGUUGCCUCGACGCCUGUGGAGGGUAUGUCGGGCAUGCGUGGCCCUGCUGGCGAGCCCUGGGGUGGUUUCUAUUCCAAAUACGAGUCUGAGGUCGCCCCUGCAGUUGCAGGGACAUCGUGGGAAGAACCCGGCUAUCCCACGGACGAAGAGCUGAAGAAGCUCAGGGAGGAGGCCAGCAGGGUCUCGGCCUCGGCCCCGGCUCCGUCGGAUCCGCACGCUUGGCCGGUCGCGCCCGUUCCGUGGCUGCAGGCCGCCGAAGCCGAAGGGACGGACGUGGCUCCCGCUCUGGAGAAUCACGAGCCAGCUGCGGGCGAAGCUUUGGGCGAAGCCUCCUUGUUUGAAGACAGCUGGGGCAAGCCUCUGGAAAACACAGCUCAGCUGGACGAAAGGCUUGGAAACACCGCCCUCAGCGGCAAAUUGGGAGCAGAGACUUCGCAGCUGGAAGGAACGCUUGUGGGCGAGUCAAAGUUUGUACAAGCUGACUUUCAGGGGGCAACUAUGGGUGCAACUUGGAUCGGAGCCGAGCGAGCGGAGAGAGAAGAGAAACUGAGGGCAAGCACGUCACUCACCAACAACCUCGCAGUCGUACAGUCGCCGCCACUGACAAUGCCCGUGCAGAGCCCAGAGACCGAGGAAGGUCCAGAAACCUCGGAAGGUAUCAGCGCAUUGGCUGGAUCCGAAGGCUUUGCAGAGUAUUCCCUUCCCAAAGAGAGCAGACUCAGCGACCGCGAAGAUCCAGACGAUCCUUUGAGUCUGUUGCAGGGCGCAGUGAAUGCCAUCAGAGAGGCACGUGCAGAGGUUGUCUGUGUUACCACCUCCAGCUUUGCAAGCCCCUCCGAAAAAAUGCCCUACAGCGCCCGUGAAGAGGAAGCACCAUCCGAGUCUUGGGAGGGCGUUCUGCGACAGUUUGGGGCUGACGACCUCCAGAGCUCGGUAACAUCCAAGCCCACGGGUCGGCCCCCGCGCAGAGCCCGGCAGAAGUCAGACGAUGCCGGCAAAGCCCGUGAAGCGGGAUACCCGGGGAUGGAAUGCACUCAGCCGGAGCUCUUGAGCUCAGUUCAACCAGAUAGCCUCGACUUUCUGCAGGGACUUGGUGGUCUGGGUGCGGCUGCCGGCACUCUGGGCACGAUUUCUUUAGAUGGUCUUGGCACCCAGCGGCCGAUCGUCAAGGACGAUUUUGCAGCCUUUGCUGCCGCAACACCUGAGGAUUUUGAUGCAUUCCUGUCCAAGCUUCGAGCACAGACUAACCACGACGGGUUGGACCGGACGGACAGGAUGCAAGCUAAGUCAUCCGAAGGAAAGGAGAGCGCACGGGGACGGCAGCCACCGGGAGGAAUGGCUACGGCGAAGGAGAGGGCAAAGUUUGGAUCUCCGACCUUGAGGGCCGCCGCCGGUUCCUUGAUCAAUCAGGAUCAUCUCCGACCAACCUCUGGGCAAUCCCAGGUGAGUGGUGUCAGCGCUUUGAGUGCCGGGCGGCCAGGAAGCGGUGGGAGCGCUUGCAGCUUGAACAGCGGUGCUCCAGCAUCUCUGCGGGACCUGCGGCACCAGCGCCGCAAGCCCAAGACCACAGAAGACCAGGCACAUGACCUUCCCACAGGGGCACUUCCGGAUGCAGGCCCUGGAACCAGCUUGCACGCAACUGUCCCUGCAUCGGUGUCACGUGAGCCGAGCGCGCUGCAGGCUUUGAGGGAGGAGCACCGAGGUGUCGGGGACUGA